AUGGACGACGGCGAUAUCGAGGACGAUGCCGCGGCAGGUGCAAACUUGGGCGAAGCGGAACAGGUAGGCCGCGCAGCCGAGGUACGCGAGGAGACAGACUACAGGGCGGUGGACGGCGAGGGAGUACCACCCCCGGCCGACACCGCGGCUGCUAGCAGCGCUCCAGCCCACACAUCCGCACUGCCGUGCAUUGGCAACCUUCUCGACUUUGAAAGUCCGCUGAAUCUCCGGCUUGCCACGCUAACGCGGCAGCACGGCAAGGCGUUCCGCGCGAUCGCCGUGUACCUGCCAGACACACGCGGCACCGUGAACUUCGACAUCACCUUCGAGGACAUCGCGAGCGGCGCGCGGCUCGUGUGCAAGCUGAACGAAAUCAAGUCGCGCUAUGUGGAGUGGAUCAGCCUCUUUCGUGCGUCCUUCGUCGCCAUAUUUGUGCCAACGCUACAGUCGCCGAGCGCGGCUCUGCUGCAGAACGCCAUCGGUUCGUCGCGGCCUGCACGACCGCCGCCGCCGGCAGGCAGCUACCACCCCCGGCUGAAUGAGGAUCCUGACCAUCUCUUCUUUUCCUACGCCAAGCUGCGCGAGGUAAUCUCGCACAAGAAGAAGGAUAAGACGCUGAACCCGCAGCUGCUCACCGUCGCGGUGCUGAACGCGUACGCCGAGGAGUGGAAGAACUUCAUCGCAGCGCCGCUGUCGUGCGCCCCGCAGUCGUUUUUACUCGCCGCCUUCAACUUUCAAAGUCACUCCGGCGACAUCAGCGCUGGUGCGAUGCUCAACAAGGAGCUCCUGCAGGCGCAGCUGGCGGCGGCCGCCGAUGCGAUUGUGCUGUAUUCCUCGACGAGCAGCAAUCAAGCCGCGCGGCGCCGAACCGGUGCUGUCGCCGCGUCUCUCGCAGCCACCUCGACCGGGCUGCUGCGCAGCGACAAGGACCGGUGGGGCCUCAUCUUUGUGUCGGCGCCGGCGCGCACGGCAGCCGGCCCGGCAGCCGUCCCCCCAAUGCAGGAUCUGCUCACCGGCCAGUUUGUGCAGCCGCUCUCCCUGUCAGAGCGGCAUCUGAUCUACAUUAUCGGCACCGGCUCGGCUGCCGAGAGCUUUGCCCGCUUCCCGCUAGCACGCAAGGGCAAGUGCGCCUUCUCGAUUCUUCUCCAGGAUGUGGAGUCUCAGCUGGGGCUGGAGCGGCCGCACCGACUGAACCUGACCUCCAUGCUGGCCCAGGCGCUGGAUAGCUUUUCGCGCAUUACUUGGAUGGGGCUAAUGAAGGAGGAGAACGGCGAGCCGCACAUGCUGCACCCGAGCACCGCCUUCUACCGACUGCAGCGUCGCAGCGUGCAGCGGGAGAUCAUGCCAAGCUUCCUUGAGCCCGUCUUCGCGCCCGGGCCGCGCUUGAUGGGAAGCGGCGCCGGUGGCAGGGCCGUCGAUACCACGGGCCACCCCAUCCGCGGCGGCGCCCCCGCGCGUGAUGUGCGCGCUACCGCACAGGCCAGCCGACUCCUGGAGGAGCACAUUCAAGUUAUCUACAACGACCAGGAGCGGCUCAACCGAGAGAAGGCGCUGCAGGAGGCGAUGCGGAGCCGCGUCGCAUACUUUAUGCACGUCACGAGCGCAAGCGUCACGGCCGCCCGCCGCGCGGAUAAUCCGUUCUCAGCGCGCAACGGCAUGGUUGAUGUCUCUGGGCAACUGUGGACGUCGCUCAGCUUGAUGAACCCGCCGGCGGUGCGUCACUGGAGGGCCAAGAUCGAAGACAAGACGGGCGAGAUGAAGGAGUUUGUUGACCCCGAGGUGGUGCUGCCAGACACAUUGCCGAUCGGCCCACCUGACGCGGCGGAUCCGAAGGAUAGGGCCGAGAACGCCAUCCUGAUCGGGUGGGACAUCAAGCGCAUCUUGCUGUUCCUGCGGCGCAGCGUGCGGUUGCGCACGUUCCUGUACAACGGUGGCAAGAUAUGGUGCGCUCAGUAUGCCCAGUACCUGCUGAAGGGCUUCAACAACCUACACCUGGCCACGAUGGAGCGAACGUUGCUGCAGUACCACGAUGGGCCGCUGAAGGGCUCGAUGCAGCCCUUGGCAAAGCUGAAGCUGAUCUACGAGACGCAGCUCGAGCUCGCUGUGAGCACGCGGCAGAUGUCCUCAGUGCAGCACCGCAUGGACGGCCUGUUGGCGUCGAUGGAGAUGGAGCUGCAGGGGUUGCAGCUGGUGCCGCAGUCGCAGGUGACGUACUUUGCCAAUACGCUGCGCCUCGAGCACGAGCGACUAGAGAAGGUGCUGCAUCACAAGAUCAUGGACUUCACACAGUCCAUGGACGGCGAUGUGCGGCAGAGGAUCAACUUCCGUUCUCCGCAGGAUAUCAGCACCAUCAUCUACGGCGGUGGUCUGUGUCGCCACCUCGGGUCACGUUUUGUUCCUGUAAAGCCGACCCGGUACCCGCUAACGAGCCUCUUCCCGCAUGCCGUGUGCCAUGUCACUGGCACCAAGGCGCCAGAGGCGUACAUGCAGGCGGACGCCUUACUCGGCGGCAACGGCGGCGCAGGCAGCGGUGGCCCAAACAGCGGCGGCGCCAUCACUCUGAGUGAUGUGCGGCGCAGCCUGCAGAUGAUUCAGCAGCUCUGCAAGCGCUGCACGAUGGAUGCGCUGAUUCGUCAGACCGCCGUCGUGGUGGUGCUGUGCAAGGUGAAAAUCGGUGGCUGGAUGGAGCAGAUAUCGCUCUACUGCCCCGCCGUCACGGGCCCCGAGGCGCGCGAGAUCAACCUGCGCGUGGCCGUGGACGACAUUAUUCCCGUUGCGGAGAGGUCGGAUGUAGUGACGGUGACACAGCUGAAGGAGCGCAUCGCCGCCUACGAGCCACUCAAGCAGCUCCUCGCAGCAUCGUCCGCGGCAUCGACAGGGGAGGCGAAGGCACCCACAGCACGCAAGUCGGGUGGCAAGAGGACGCGACAAGGAGGCGGGGCGGCCGGUGACGGCGACACCGCGGCAGACCUGCGCAACAUUCUCGUUCUAACAAACUGUGCGCACGACAAGCUGGAGGCGCUUGUGGACACCGGCGUACUCGAGGCCAUCAAGAAGGCCGUGUUUGACGGGCAAGCGGACGGCGUCGGCGCGGACGGAGAGCCGGCAUCGCUGGAGCGGGUGUGCUUCGCGGACGUCAACAAAGCCUUCCCGCCGCCGCCGCAGGGUGCCGACUCUUUCGAGUCCGACUUCUCGGAGCUCAGCUCGUCCAACGCCACGGCCUUCUCGGCCCGGUCCACAUGGGAGGCGCAUGCGAAGGAGCUCGUGUCGCUCGGUGGCGUCGAGGGAGCCGUGAAGAGUAUUGUGUCACAGUGUGCCUCCGUCGUGGGCACGCCCCGUGACGCAUUCCGCAGCUCUCAGCCAACUCCGUCGAGCGCGCCGCAGGGCCUGCACGGGCAGGAGCGGGCCUCGACGGCGGGCAUGCUGUGGAUGGUGACACCGGAGAAGCUGCACCCCCUGCUGCGGCGCUUCUUGCGCGGCAAGUCUGCGUCAUCCGGCGCCGACGCGAUGGAGCGGGUGACGAUGUUGUUGUCGCCGUACAAGACGAUCGACCUCUCCUUCUUCUCCGCGCUGCAGCAGCUGCGCUUUACCGAGAAGAAACUGCAGCUCUUCGAGGAGGGCUGCCUUUUCCGCGCCGUGCUGCCGGAGUGCCACGACCGGGUUCACGGCGAGCUAUGCCACUGCGUGACGGCCACGGGCCGCCUUUCCUCCCAGUCGCCGAAUCUGCAGAACAUUCCGAAGGAGGAGGACCUGCGCCGCCUGAUUGUGUCACGAUUCGGUGCACAGGGUAUGAUGAUCGAGGCAGACUACAGCCAGCUCGAGGUCGUCGUCCUGGCCGCACUGUGCCGAGACCCGCGCAUGAUGCAGGAGCUGCGCGACAAUGUCGACUUCCACUGUCUCCGCGUCUCUCUCAUGACAAAGGAGCCCUACGAGGAUGUGAUGCGCAAGGCGAAGGUGGAGAAGGACCCGCAAUACAUCCAGCUGCGGCAGCAGGCGAAGGUGUUCUCCUUCCAGCGCCAGUACGGCGCUGGCGUCUCGACCAUCUCCACCACCACGGGGCUCACGGAGCAGGAGGUGGAUCGCCUCAUCGUGGCCGAGGAGCACCACUACAAGGAGCUGAGCAAAUAUUAUAGCCUCGUUACGAGGUGCGUCGAGGCGGGUGCGGAUCGGCUGCUGCGGCUGCGCACACUAGACACGUCUCUCUGGAACGCCAACAUCCGCCGCGUCGUGAUGCUGACGGAGCCGAUGUACUACUUCGUUGUGCCCACCGGCAGCAAGUUCGACUUUACGAGGGACCGCAAGAGUGUGCCGCGUCUGAAGAACUACCCAGUGCAGGGACUCGCUGGCGAAAUCGUGCAGAUCAUGUGCGGCGCCAUCGUGCGCGAGUUCUACCGCAAGCGCAACUACGGCGAGAAGGCGUUUUUGGUGAACACCGUGCACGACUGUGUUUGGGUGGACGCGCACAAGUGUGUCGCCGACGAGGUUCGCGCUGAUCUCGCCCGCAUCAUGGGGCACACGCAGGAAGCUAUUGCCGCCCUCUGGCCGGACAUGAAGCUGGAUGUGCCCUUCAAGGCGGAGAUUCACUCGGGUCCGUCGCUGGGGGAGUUGUCGGUGUAG